AGAAGAAAUGUAUUAGAUUCAUUUUCAAUCGGAUUAAAAUCGGAUCGGAAAUACGAAAUGUGCGAUCGGUCAGCGAGCGAUAAUUUCCUCAGGGCUGAUAUCUCACGAAGACAUGGUGAACGUACGUCGGGAAAAAUUGCGGGAGAUACUGUUGAAGGAGGAGAUGGGGUUGAUCCACGAGGUGAUCGACCAGGCUCAGCACGGUGACGACGCGAGAAUGGACGAUAUGCGGCGCACGAUAGAAGAGAUACACAAGGAGGAGGAGGAGCAACGGUUGGCCCUGCUGGCCGAGAAGAAGAUGCAGCAAUACAUGAUGGGAAGCGCGUUACUCCGGGAGGAAUUGUCGAGGAAGGCUGUGAUCGAAGCGAAACAGAUCAAUCUCGCCCAAAUGGCGGAGAACGAAGUUAAGAGGCAGGCCGAGAAAGAGUUGGAUAAUUUCUGGCACCAGAUGAUGCUGAAAGAGGUGGAGGCGAAGAUGAAGAGGGAUGUGGAGGAAACGAAGAGGCGUUGCCUCGUCCAAGAGAACGACACCCACGUUUUGUUGAAACAGAUAGCGGGGAAAUCGGCCAUGGAGGAGCAGAGGAGGCGGAUACGGGAGGAGGACGUGGAGCACAUGCAACGUUUGCGGGAGGUGAUCCGCAAGGAGGAGUUGGACAAGGUGGAGAGAGAUCGCCAGAAGAAGGAGGAUUUGAAGAAGGAAUUGCUGGAACAGAUUCGGCUGGCCAAGACGAGGCUGGCGGAGGAGGAUCGCCACGAAAAGGAGAUGGACCGGUUGAGGGGGGUCAUCGCCGCGGAGGAAUUGGCGAGGGAGGAGGCCGCCAUCGUGGAGACCACCGCCGCUUUGCGCAGCGAGUUGUUGGCUUAUUUGGAAUAUUUGGAAAGUUUGAAGAAACAGGAGGUGAGGAGGAAUGUAGAGAUUGACCGGCUGGUGCAACAAUCCUUGAACGAGGCCUCGGUGAGGCGCGACAAAGCGGUGAAGAGGUUCAAGGAGGUCAGGCAGAAGCUUCUGCAGGAUGUGUUGGAUGGUCGCGAGGAACAGUUGAGGAUUAAACGCGAAAAGGAGAAGAAGGAGGAGGAGGAUCGUUCGUUGGAGAAGGAGAUGUUGGAAAAGGAGAUAGAAAUGGAAGCCAAGUUGACGGCCAACGCGAAGAAGGAAGAGAGGGAGAGGAUGUUGUGCUACAAGAAGGAAUUGGAGGAGCAGUGGAAGUUGAAAGACGAGACGCGGCGUACAGAAAUGGAGGAAGGGAAGAAGAUGUAUUUGGAGGAAUUGAAACGUGAAAAUGACGAGUAUAAUAAAAGGAUGGACAUUUCGCAAAUUGCCGUUCCGCAUCCGUUUAAGUUUUUGUUAAAGGAGUGCGCGACUCGUUACGCCGCGGAGAAAGAGGGGAAAUGUACCUGUCCUCCUCCGGACGAGUAAAAAAAUCACGCGAUUUGUAUUCUACUAUUUUAAUUUUAACGAUAGAAGGUAUUUUAUUCGUUUAUUACAAAAUGAUAUAUAUAUAUAUAUAUACACAUUUAUACUUGUUUUAAAAUAUGAAUUUUCCCGCUCCGAGAGGAUUCACGAUCCACGCCGAGAUCUAUAUAGUUCCGUUUGAACUAUUCGCGCCAUCUGUGCCAACGUACGAAAACUUUCUCUAUCGUUAAGGUAGAGUUCUGUUUCUCGUUCAUCGAUCUCUUCUCUUUUUCCUCCGUUUUUCUUUUACGGCGCGCAUUCCCUACUGGCGCGAUAUUUAAAAAAGCGCCACGGGAUCGAUGAAAGAAAAAUCGUUCCUUUUCGUCGCUUCUCGUUUCCUUAACAUCGCUGUUAAGUAAACAGCUAACUCGUGGAUCGAAAGCAAGCGUAAAUAGCAACGAUAAAUCCAUCGAUUUACGAGACAGUUGGCUAUAAAUCCAAACGAGUCGUAACGAAUUGAUGAAAUAAAAUUGACGCAAAUGUCGAGCGUCAAUUCGAAACAUUCGUAAAUCUCAUCAUCGAUGCGAAUUAUUUUCAGCGGCCGAUUAAAAAUAUCGGUUUAAAAAUAUUUUUUCUUUCGCAACGGGAGACUUGUAUCUCGGUUGAAAAACCGAUCGUUCUUUUUUAUCUUCUUUCCCCCUUCUUUUAUUUUUAACUUUACUCUUCUUUGUUGUUUCUCCCCUCCCUUCUUGUACAAAGAUACAAACUUGUUCUUUCUCGAAUCCUCGUCUUCUAUCCCUUUGAAAUCGAUUCACGUGGACAUUGACGUGCAAAUUGACACGCAGAUUGGAUUAAAUAACAUAACUUGUACGAUCGGUGCGCGCGACGCGUUAAAUUAGCCGCCGUUUCGUUCGAUUAUCGGAAAACGCGCGACGCGGGGCGGAAAUUUAACGAACGUGCGCGGUCGAAAAAUUAAAAGAGGAAUUAAUCGGCUCGAAGACUCGCUUACAAACAAUUUAAUCGACGCUUCGAAAAUCUUAUCCCGAUAAUUUAACCCCUUUCGAAAAUGCGUUCUAAAAAUCUAUUGAAAUGUUGUUACCAUUUUCUUUACGUCUACUUCACGAUGGGUUAAAGCGUUAUCUGUUUACGAUCCCCCAAGCACCUCUCCCAUUUAAACGUUUCUCUUUAAAACAGUGCAGAUAUUAUGACGUCGUUUACCUAACUUCCAUACCGUAUUAUAUACUACCCCCUGCUUACUUUUUCCCCUAUCUUCCCUCGGGCGUUUCUUUAUACAUUUUCGAAAGCUAUUCCCGAUAAAUGAUACAAUCUGUGCCUCGAAUUAUACUUUGGUCACCAAGACCAACCAAGAUAAUUUUCACGAGGGAUUUUUUUUCUCGUCGAAUCCCUUUAACGACGUAUCGAGAAUCUUGCAUUUGCAUUUUUCUCGAGAACGACAUCGUAAGGAAGGAACUUAAAUAUCAGAGAAGACAGUUCUCCACGAGACUCUUCUAUUUAAACCGCUUUUUAACUUUUCCAACUGCUGGAGCAAACUCGAUUUCCCUUUCUAGGAUCUCUUUCGGCAUCCCUUACGAUAGCUCGAUAAAUCCAGGCCGGCAAUCCAGCUCGAUGGAGGCCAUAAAAAAUCCAACCCUUUCGUCGAGACGAGAAGAGCCGGGACGCUUCCCAACGUAGCCCCAUGUAUAUUAAAACGCAUCCCCGUGGCUAUAUUAAAAUAUUUCCGUUUGGUCGGCGAGCUCGUCCCAUAAUUCCUCCACCCCGUGACGUCGCGUAGUUGCGAAACCGUUCAACGGCGUGGAAACCCGGAAGUGGUUGGAUGGCGCGGGGGGGGGGGGAUGGACACGGGGCCCCAAGUCGAAGCUAUUUAACGCGGAAUUUCAACCGCAGACACGGGAUAUGAAUACGGAUAAUAUCCGUGAUUGUCGUCUGGGAGAAAAGCGAUUGGAAAAUUACGAUUUUGGGGAUUCUGGGGAUUUUGUAUGGUUCCUUCGAUUUUUCUGACAUUUUUUUUUUUUUUUUAGAGAGUCGUUGCAAUUUUGUCUUGCUUCAUAAAUUGUUCAUCGAAUUGGACGAACAAUUCAGGGUUUGGAUCAUCGUUUAUUGGAGAUUCUUUGGAUAAAAAGAAGAAGUAAUAAUAACGAUAAUGGGACGAAUUUUAAAUGGUGCUUCGAUAUGCCGCAAUUCUCGAUCGUACAUCUCUCUUUUUUUUU